AUGGAGGUAACUGGUAUAAGUGAACUAGCCAAGGAAACAGUUAGACUAAAAUCAGAAUCUGAGAAACCUUUAGAGGUAACUAGUGUUAGUGAAGCAACCAAGGAAACAGUGAAACUGGAAUCAGAAGCUGAGAAACCUUCAGGGGAAACUCUUCCCAAUGAACCUGCUAAGGAAACAGUGCAACCAGAACCAAAAGCCGAGAAAGAUUCGGAGGAAAAUAAUCAAAGCAGCGAGCUAGUGAAGGGAGAACAUAUAGAGACUAAAGAGACAUCUUCAGAGGAACCACGAAGCAAUGAACCCAUCAAACACAACGAGAAGCUUAUCAUCGAACCAUCGGAAACAGAAAAGCCAAGUGGGAAAUCAAAGAAGAAUGCUUCAGAAGCUGAAAAGCCCGAGACCCCUUUAAAAGAGAGCAUAAACACGGAAGCAGCUCUUCAUGAGGAGAAAAUUGAUUUGGAAAAGGAGUCAUGUCAUAAACUAUGGAAAGCGAAGCAGCCCCUCAAACCCAACUCGGCGACAAGAAGGCGGACAUUGAUACGAAAAGUGAGUUUGCAACUCAUACUACCGUGUCGCUUGGAGGAUCCUCCGGUAUCCUCCCUUGCGGUUUCACAAACCCAUGUAAAGCACGCAGAUGAAGAUUGGUGGCUCCAUACGGCUAGAUUAGGGUUAGUUACUGGGCUUAAUUGUCAUGCUGACACUGAAAACCCCUGUAACCUCAAAUCUGUAUUUUAUAUCUCCCUCCUCUCCACUCGCGUCCUCCCCCACCGCCACCUCCAUCCCGCCACCUACGCCCUCUACAUCGACCUCCUCAACCGCCAUGCCUUCUCCCUCUCGUUCAGGAAUGGAUCUAUGAAGGAUGAUUUAAAAAGUGGUUGGAAAGAAGCAUGUGCAUCCAAAGAACCUGUCGAAAUUUAUUUUUCGGGAAAAUAUACACUGAGACAUGUAGAAUUAAAAGGUCCUUGCAAGGGUCCUGUAAAAAUUACUAUUGAUGGCCAAAUCAAAGCACCAGUCAACCAAAAGGAUCUUGGAGGCGACCAUUGGAUCAAGAUUAGCAAUGUUAAUGACUUGACCCUGUCUGGUACAGCAAUCUUUGAUGGUCAAGGUGCAUCUGCUUGGAAAGAAAAUGAAUGUUCAAAAAACUCUAAUUGCAAAAUUGGCAUGAAUUUUGGUUUCCAUUUCGUCAACAAUUCAAUAGUAAGUGGCAUUACUAGCAAGGACAGCAAACACUUUCAUGCCAAUGUCUUGGAUUGCAAAAAUUUCACAUUUGAUGGAUUUAAGGUGAGCGCUCCACAAAAUAGCCCCAACACUAACGGCAUUCAUAUUGAAAAAUCCACAAGUGUGAAUGUUCUUAAUGCAAACAUUGGCACCGGAGAUGAUUGUGUUUCACUAGGUGGUGGUAGUAACCAGGUUCUUGUCCAAAAUGUGACAUGUGGACCUGGUCAUGGUAUUAGUAUUGGAAGCCUUGGAAAACACAAGAAAGAAGAGUCUAUUGAUGGUAUUACAAUUAAGGGUUGCACUUUGAAAGAAACUGAUAAUGGAGUGAUGAUUAAGACUUUGCCUAGUGAGCCAGAAACAGUUACAAUUACUAACUUGGUAUUUGAGGAUAUUACCAUGGAGAAUGUUAAGAAUCCUAUUAUUGUAGACCAAGAGUAUUGUCCAUCGAACCAAUGCUCCAAAAAGCAACCAUCAAAAGUAAAGAUAAGCAAAGUUACCAUCAAGAAUAUUAAGGGUACUUCAGCCACUAAAGAAGGAAUGAUUCUUGAUUGUAGUAGUGUACCAUGUGAGGAUGUAGAGAUAUCUAAUGUUGAUCUCAAGUUCAAUGGAACUCCAACAAUAGCUGUAUGCAGUAAUGUCAAACCAAAAAUAACAGGAAAUGUUCCUAAGUGCACAACUACGAGUCAAAAAAAACAAUAA